ACACUCCCUUCAAGUACUGGAAGGCCGCAAUGAGGUCUCCCCAGAACCUUCUUUUCUCCAAAAUCUGGUUGUAUCUUUCCAGGUACGCCUAGCGAUCGCAGAGAAAGCGCUAACAUGUGAAGAACAUGAUGUAAAUCUGCCCCUGAGUGAACACAACGAGCCGUGGUUUAUGCGCUUAAAUGCGUCUGGAGAAGUACCCGUCCUCAUCCAUGGGGAAAAUAUUAUUUGUGAUGCAACGCAGAUCAUUGAUUAUCUCGAAGCAACGUUUGUAGAUGCAGAAGUGCCAAGACUAAUGCCAGAAGAAGGGAGCAUGUAUUAUCCAAGGGUGCAACACUACAGAGAGCUUCUAGACUCCUUGCCUAUGGAUGCCUACACGCACGGCUGCAUUCUGCACCCUGAGUUAACUGUGGACUCCAUGAUUCCAGCCUAUGCUACAAGCAGAAUCCGUAGUCAAAUAAGUAAUACAGAAUCAGAGUUGAAAAAGCUUGCAGAAGAAAAUCCAGACCUUCAAGAUGCCUACAUAGCAAAACAGAAGCGCCUUAAAUCUAAACUGCUGGAUCAUGAUAAUAUAAAAUACCUAAAGAAAAUACUGGAUGAACUGGAGAAAGUUUUGGAUCAGGUUGAGACUGAAUUGCAGCGUCGAAAUGAAGAAACACCAGAAGAUGGAAGUCAGCCUUGGCUCUGUGGUGAAUUCUUCAGUUUGGCAGACGUAUCACUUGCUGUCACGUUACAUCGGUUGAAAUUUCUUGGAUUAGCAAGAAGAAACUGGGGAAAUGGAAAACGGCCGAACUUGGAAGCAUAUUAUGAGCGUGUCCUGAAGAGAAAAGCAUUUCACAAAGUUUUAGGACAUGUCAACAAUAUAUUAAUCUCAGCAGUUCUGCCAACUGCAUUUCGAGUGGCCAAGAAGAGAGCACCCAGAGUUCUUGGCACCACCCUGAUGGUCGGCAUGCUAGCAGGAAUGGCUUAUUUUGCUUUAGUGUGUCUUCGGAAGAGAUUUGCCAAUAUGAUGUUAUCAAUUAGAACCAGACAAAAUUACUUUUAGAUCUGUUUGCCCCUGCUGGUAAGUGGAGGCCAUCUCUACUCCCCCAGUAGACUAUACCCAAUAAAAUAUAAGCGUAUAAGAAAGGUUAUGUUUGUGAAUUAGAACUUUCUCACAGUAAUCAUUUCCUGCAGUUGUAUAAUUUGAUUGAUGAUGCUGACAUAUUUGCAGAAAAUACAUAUGGGGGAGGGCAGCAGGAGAAGGAAUCAUCAUAGACUCACAGAAUUGCUUGGGUUGGAAGGGACCUCAAGAAUCAUCAAGCUCCAACCCCCCUGCCACAUGCAGGGCCACCAACCUCCCCAUUUAAUACUAGACCA